GCAGCUCUGGCUCUUAGGCUUUUGAAAGCUCGCUUCGCAUUGCAAGCUCGUUCGGUGUCCAUUGGGCCAUGGCCGCGAAGCCAUCGAUCAACGCUGUGAGCUUUGGUUCGCCCCCCGACCCUACGAAGGUCCAGACCUAUCCGGGCGUGGCCUGUCGGUAUUUGCCGCACGAGGCAUUGACCAUCUACCGCGAGAAGAUCUAUGCGGAGCGGAAGGCUUAUCAAACACCCUCAGGCGCCAGGUGGUUCAAGGAGCAUCGCCGCAAGCAACAUGAGAUGGAACGCCUUGAGAAGCAAAUCAAGGACUUCCGGGAAUCUCGGAGGGCUUUUGCUCGAAGCUUGUCAUUGCCAAGUGUCGGAGGCUCGGAGCUCUCCUGAAAUACCGACCGUGCAGUCCAUGGACGGCCAUACAUGACAAGCCUAGUGCUGUUUGAUCUCCGCGGUGCGAUUUAAGAGCUUCUAUGAGAGAUUCCGGUUCGGACCAAAUUCCUGUGCCCGAAG